AUGGCUAGGCGCGAUUCUUCGCCGACGUCGACAUCGUCCUCGCUAUCCAACAUCACUGUCCAGACGGAUAAGAAGACUGGUGUCCGCGCAAUGUCCAGCGCGUCGCCGUCCAUCUCGACGCCCCCCACCAGUCUCGACGACAGAGCCAGCGUCCUGUCCGAGACCACCAAGUUUGAGCAAGCCAUAGAAGUGGACGAUGAAGCUCCGGCGUUGCAUACCUCGGAUGAGGCGCAUGUAGCAGCACAAACGACCCCAGGCACAGCCAACAGUGAAGGCCGGCGGUCCGCAAGAAACGCGCGCAAGUCCGUCACGACAUACAACGUUCAGAUUCUCUCAGGCACUGCCAUCCAUACGCCAACCAAGUACCUGGAGAAGCACCACAUGAACGUUCUACACGGUUCACUAGAGAGCAUGCUCAAGAAAGAGAAGGGAACGCCCGGGAAGAAGAAGUUGCCCAAGCCAACAUCUGAGGCGGCAGAAGUCAGUGACCCUGUCGAGGAGCAGCUUGUCGCGGAAGCUGCUCAGGCGGCACGGCGUCGCACCUCUUCGCGCGUGACGGACCUGCGUAAGGAGGCCCUCCGCAACCUUUCUAGUGCCGGGGAUGCCGUUGCAAGCGCAAUUUCAGGAGGCAAGACAUUUGUUCAAAGGACCCUUCGACGAAGCAUGCCAGAUUCUCGUAUGAAUGCUUCUCAGCUGUCACCAGUCCCUGUGUCGUUGAAACGCCCACGCACUGCAACGGGAGCCGAAGACAAAUACCAGAACAGUCCACUGCAGGAGAAAGAGUAUCUACAACCAAAGUCGAAAGUCUGGCUAAAACAGGGACUUUACGUCGGCCAACACCGCGACUUCGAUCCUCGCCUGUCGGAAAGCCAGAACCGUGUGAAAAAGAGGAACAGGAAUUCCAAGGAGAACACCACGCUUCCCCUUCCUAUUUUCGCUUGCGACCGCCUUUUGAAUGAGGACCCACGUCACGUGUUCCGCGAUUUCAAGUUGCCUUUUGACACCUACUACCCCCUGCCUAGGAAGGUCAAGGUAGAUGGAUGGGUCAAGCUUAAUAAAAAUAGAUUCAUCGGCGACGCAUCCGCCUUGUGGAAGCGCGACAAGCAGGAUUCUUCUCAAUGCUACUGUGAUCCUGAAGAUGGUUGUGGUGAGGCAUGCCAUAAUCGCAUCAUGGCAUACGAGUGCGACAGCACAAACUGUAGGCUUACGCCAGAGCGAUGCGGCAAUCGACCUUUCGCAGAACUCAGGCGACGUGCCAAAGGAAAUCGCUACGACUAUGGGGUUGAGGUUGUCCACACUGAAGACCGCGGGUAUGGUGUGCGAGCCAUGAGAACUUUUGAACCUAAUCAGAUCAUCGUGGAAUAUGCUGGCGAGAUCAUCACGCAAUACGAGUGUGAGCGACGGAUGAAGCAGGUUUACAAAAAGGACAAGUGCUACUACUUGAUGAGUUUCGACAACAAGAUGAUCAUUGACGCAACUCGGGGAACAAUUGCACGAUUCGUCAACCACUCUUGUGAGCCUAAUUGCGAGAUGAUCAAGUGGACGGUUGGUGGAGAGCCUCGAAUGGCACUGUUCGCUGGUCCUCGGGGAAUCAUGACUGGCGAAGAACUGACGUAUGAUUACAAUUUCGAUCCAUUCUCCCAAAAGAACAUUCAAGAAUGUCGCUGCGGGACUGAGUCCUGUCGUGGGGUGCUUGGUCCCAAACCGAAGAAACCUAUCGAAGAAAAGUCUGUUAGUUCUAUACUCGUUACUGGAACCAAGCGCAAGGUUCAAGAUCUCUAUGACUCUAGCAGGGCUGGUUCCGAGAGUACUCCUAACUCUCCAAAGAAGCGAAGGGUGUCUCUUGGAACUCCCAUCACAGCGAAAGCAAAGAAAGCCCAUGCUGAAACGCAAGCCGCUCGAGAGCGAGCAGAGAGAGAGGCAACCGAGCAUUCGCGUCAAAUAACAUCUCGCGAAAAUCGUGCUAUGAAGCGAUCUACUUCGGGAACCGGGUCCAGGCGCUCGCGGGCCGCUUUCAUGCGAACAAACAUGUCGUCUUCUGUCAAGUUCACGCGCCACACUACGGUCAGCUUCAAACGUAAAGUACCUAAGUCGAGCGCAUUGAAGGCGGUUAAGAAGCCUACAAGUGUGCACUCUACUCGCCCGCGCACCACCCCAGCGCACAACAGCCAAAAGGGGCGCCGAACUCUCAAGCGACCAAGUACCCCUAUUGAAAGUUCCGGCGCGGAGGAGUCUGACUCUGAGGAAGACACGUCUCCUAACAUAACGCCUGCCUCUCUUCGAAGCGCAUCGGCGAAGUUGAACCAACUCAGUCCUGUCAAUCAGGGGCGAAUGGGGAGGAAGACAUCAUCCAGAGCAGGUUCAGAGCAGGUUCGCGCUGUACGGACAUUCACUAUACGUGGAGCCAAGCUGCAACAACGCAACUUCUCUUCAGCUCCAAGAACUAUACAUAAGACCGGUGCUGGGGUGAAGAAGAUAUAUCAUCCUGCUCAGAGUAGGUCUCGAAGUGCACGAGGAAGGUGA